GCAAAUGUUCUCCAGUUAUCCUACUACAACUGUACUUCCAGCACGACGUGCUCAGACUCCUCCAAUAUCUUCUUUACCAACAUCUCCUUCAGAUGAAGUUGGAAGGAGACAAAGUUUAACUUCUCCUGAUUCCCAGUCUGCAAGGCCUGCCAAUCGUACCGCUUUGUCUGAUCCAAGCAGCCGACUUUCAACGUCCCCUCCUCCUCCUGCCAUUGCUGUUCCAUUGUUAGAAAUGGGGUUCUCCCUCAGGCAGAUUGCAAAAGCUAUGGAAGCUACAGGUGCCAGAGGAGAAGCAGAUGCACAGAAUAUCACAGUGCUGGCCAUGUGGAUGAUAGAGCACCCUGGAAAUGAAGAUGAUGAAGAGCCCCAGUCGGAAGGGACUGCAGAGUCACGACAUGGGACAGUAGUUGCUGGAAGUGGUGGAAAAUCUGGUGAUCAUUGUUAUUUGCAGUCACCAGGUGAUAUCCCUUCUGCUGAUGCCACUGAAAUGGAGGAAGGCUUUAGUGAAAGCCCUGAUAAUAUGGAUCAGGCGGAUAAUGCAGCUUCUGCAAGUGGACAUCCUUCUAGAAGUCGGUCAGCUGUAACAAGAAGACACAAAUUUGAUUUAGCUGCCCGAACAUUGCUAGCACGUGCUGCGGGAUUAUACCGCUCUGUACAGGCCCACAGGAAUCAGAGUCGAAGAGAAGGGAUAUCUUUGCAGCAAGAUCCAGGGGUGCUUUAUGACUUCAACUUGGAUGAGGAGCUGGAAAUUGACCUUGAUGAUGAAGCAAUGGAAGCUAUGUUUGGGCAAGACCUUGCUAGUGAUAAUGAUAUUCUGGGAAUGUGGAUCCCAGAGCAUGUUUGUGAAUCUGAAGACAGAGAAGAAGUAGUGGUGUGUGAACUGUGUGAAUCCAGUGUUGUCAGCUUCAAUCAACACAUGAAAAGAAACCACCCAGGCUGUGGUCGUAGUGCAAAUCGCCAGGGCUAUCGUAGCAAUGGUUCUUAUGUAGAUGGAUGGUUUGGUGGUGAAUGUGGAAGUGGAAAUCCUUACUAUUUAUUGUGCGGCAUCUGCAGAGAGAAAUACUUAGCCCUGAAGAGUAAAUCUAAGACGUCAACUUCUGAAAGAUACAAAGGCCAGGCUCCUGAUUUAAUAGGUAAACAAGAUAGUGUCUAUGAAGAAGACUGGGAUAUGUUAGAUGUAGAUGAAGAUGAAAAGCUGACAGGAGAAGAGGAGUUUGAAUUACUGGCUGGACCACUUGGGUUAAACGAUCGACGUAUUGUACCUGAACCUGUACAGUUCCCUGACAGUGACCCGCUGGGUGCUUCAGUUGCAAUGGUGACAGCCACCAACAGUAUGGAAGAAACAUUGAUGCAAAUAGGCUGUCAUGGCUCUAUAGAAAAAAGUUCUUCUGGCAGGAUAACCUUAGGAGAACAAGCAGCUGCCCUAGUAAACCCACAUGACCGUGUUAUGGCUCUAAGAAGAGUGACAGCUGCCGCCCAAGUCCUCCUUGCAAGAACUAUGGUUAUGAGAGCGCUCUCACUUUUGUCUGUCAGUGGUUCCAGUUGUAGCCUGGCAGCUGGUCUCGAAUCCUUGGGAUUAACAGAUAUCAGAACUUUGGUUCGUUUAAUGUGCCUCGCUGCAGCAGGGAGAGCAGGCCUCUCCACAAGUCCAUCCACUGUGUCAAGUUCAGCAGAGCGAUCUAGAGGAAUACACAGCAAAACAAGCAAGCCUAUAUCUUGUCUUGCCUAUCUGAGUACAGCAGUAGGCUGUUUGGCAUCAAACACUCCUAGUGCUGCAAAACUGCUGGUACAGUUAUGUACACAGAACUUGAUUUCUGCAGCAACUGGUGUAAACUUGACAACAGUUGAUGAUCCAAUUCAGCGAAAAUUUUUGCCAGGUUUUUUAAGAGGAAUUGCAGAAGAAAACAAACUUGUCACAUCUCCGAAUUUUGUGGUUACUCAAGCACUUGUGGCAUUGUUGGCAGACAAAGGGGCCAAACUGAGACCAAAUUAUGAUAAAGCAGAAAUUGAAAAGAAAGGCCCUCUGGAGCUGGCUAAUGCACUAGCAGCUUGCUGCCUCUCUUCAAGGUUAUCCUCACAACAUAGGCAGUGGGCUGCUCAGCAGCUGGUGCGAACUCUUGCAGCACACGAUCGAGAUAAUCAAACUAUUCCUCAGACCCUCGCUGAUAUGGGGGGAGACUUACGAAAAUGUUCCUUCAUAAAAUUAGAGGCUCAUCAGAACAGGGUUAUGACAUGUGUUUGGUGCAAUAAAAAGGGACUUUUGGCGACUAGUGGAAAUGAUGGCACCAUAAGAGUGUGGAAUGUUACAAAGAAGCAAUAUUCAUUGCAACAAACGUGUGUGCUCAACAAGCUAGAAGGUGAUUCUGAAGAAAGUCUGGGAUCACCCAGUGACCUUAGUUUGUCUCUUGUCUGUUGGAGCAUCAGUGGCAAGUAUCUGGCUGGAGCUACAGAAAAGAUGGUGAACAUAUGGCAAGUCAAUGGAGGAAAGGGAUUAUUAGAUCUUCAGCCUCACUGGGUAUCUGCUCUAACUUGGCCAGAAGAAGGGCCAGCUGCAGCAUGGACAGGAGAUGCUCCAGAAUUAUUAUUAAUUGGUCGUAUGGAUGGAUCUCUUGGUCUUAUUGAAGUUGUAGAUAUUUCAACCAUGCACCGGCUAGAACUGGAACACUGCUACAGAAAGGAUGUGUAUGUCACAUGCCUUGCCUGGUUCAGUGAAGACAGACCAUUUGCAGUUGGCUAUUCGGAUGGAAAAUUGCUAAUAGGAACAAAGGAACCACUUGAAAAAGGAGGAGUUGCUCUAGUGGAUGCACAUAAGGAUAUGCUUGUUAGUAUGAAGUGGGAUCCAACUGGUAAGAUCCUCCUGACGUGUGCCAAAGAAGAAACAGUGAAACUCUGGGGAUAUAUGGGAGGAUGUUGGAGACGUCUGCAUUCGCUGUCCCAUCCAGCUCUUGUGAAUGGCAUCUCCUGGUGUGCUCUUCCAGGGAAAGAACCCAAUUUGCAGCUUUUAUUAGCUACAGGAUGCCACAAUGGUUUGGUGUGUGUUUGGACUGUUCCCCAGGACAUAGUAAUCACAUUGCAGUCCAGCUCAACUUGCUCAGAAGGAUGGUGGGACCAAGAAACAAGUGCCAAGGAUGGAUACAGAAAAGCAGUAGAAGUCAAGUGUGUAUUUCAACUGAGAGGACAUAUUACUCCUGUUCGUACUGUUGCAUUCAGUCCUGAUGGACUGGCAUUAGUAUCUGGUGGACUUGGUGGUCUCAUGAAUAUUUGGUCUUUACGGGAUGGUUCAGUAUUACAGAGUGUUGUGAUAGGUUCUGGAGCUAUUCAGACUGCAGUAUGGAUACCUGAAGUUGGAGUAGCUGCUUGCUCUAACAGAUCAAAG